AUGAUGCGUUUCCUCGUAGUUCUUGGCCUGAUUGGAGCCGCCUGUGCUCAAUACAACUACAAUCCUAGUUCAGGGGGGCGCUUCGAUGGCUCCUCGACUAAUGUUUCCCCAUCCUACUUGGCACCGGGCUCAGGCGCAGCCGCAUCCAACAAUCAGCCGUCGUUCAGCUCACCUAAUGGGGCUGAGUCUUACAACUCACCUGCUGGGGCUGAGUCCUACAAUUCACCUGCAGGGGCUGAGUCCUACAACUCACCGUCUUAUUCCUCACCUGCUGGAUAUGAUAAGGAGUACUACACAUUCACAGGCGAAGAUGACGAUGACUACGAUCCUGCUGCUUCAGACCAAGUGAAUAGUAGCUUGAAGAAGAAUCUGCGCGUCAUCUUCAUUAAGAGUCCUGAGAACCGUGGCCUGGAGAACGCCGCCCUGGGACUGGCUAGGCAGGCUGCCGAACAAAAAACAGCGAUCUAUGUCCUGAACAAGCAAGCUGAUAUUGGUGAUUUAGCCAACAAGGUGAAUGCCAUUCGCAACAAUAAUAACAACCGUCCAGAGGUGCACUUCGUCAAGUACCGCACCCCUCAAGAUGCGGCUAAUGCCCAGCAUGCUAUUCAAAGCCAGUAUGACCAGCUCGGAGGCAGCUCACAGUCCUACAAUGGUGGCAUUGCACCUUCCAUCAACUACGCUUCCCGUUCGCCGGUGAUUCCAGCUAAUCACGGUAGUUACGGCGCAGCCAGCGCCCCAAGCAGCUCCUACUUGCCAGCCAACAUUCUUCGACGCCUACGCUUGCGCACUUAA